UGCCGCUGUCACUGGCUGGGGCUCCCGGGAAGCCGCGAGUUUCCGCAGGGAGGCGGCGGCGGCGGCGGCGGCGGCGGCAGCUGCGGCCGGGCCGGUCUACAGCCUAUGCUCAGAAUCAACACUAUUCAGCGAAGGUGACACCUUUGCUCCAGGUGCACAAAAUGAGUGUGACGUGGUUAGCCAGACCAGGAGCUCAACGUCACAGAGAGCCCAGCCUGCUGCUCUGAUGCCGAAGGGGAGGCAGACAGUGCCAUGUCUGGAUGCCCCUCCGGGCCUGCCCACCCACCUCUGGCUGCAGUUGGCUGUGCUGUUCGUAUUGGUUCCCUGGGUCAUGGGCUUGGCAGGGGCAGGCGGGCCUGAUGCCCAGGGCACAGGGGGGCUCAGCUGGGCUGUGCACUUGGACAGCCCGGAAGGUAAUCACCAGGAAGAACAUCUGGAGCAGCAAGCGGAUGCCGUGGCCCAGGCUGCAGGGCUGGUGAAUGCUGGGCGCAUCGGAGAGCUCCGGGGCCACUACCUCUUUGUGCAGCCAGCUGGGCCUAGCCACGCCACGGAGGUGCAGGCCAUCCGGCAGCAGGCUGAGGCCGUGUUAGCUGGGCAUGAGGCUGUGCGCUGGCACUCGGAGCAGAGGCUGCUGAAGCGGGCCAAGCGCAGCGUCCACUUCAAUGACCCCAAGUACCCGCAGCAGUGGCACCUGAACAACCGGCGGAGCCCUGGCAGGGACAUAAACGUGACAGGUGUGUGGGAGCGCAAUGUAACCGGGCGCGGGGUGACGGUGGUGGUGGUGGACGACGGAGUAGAGCACACCAUCCAGGACAUUGCACCCAACUAUAGCCCUGAGGGUAGCUAUGACCUCAACUCUAAUGAUCCUGACCCCAUGCCCCACCCGGAUGUGGAGAAUGGCAACCACCAUGGCACGCGGUGUGCAGGCGAGAUCGCCGCUGUGCCCAACAACAGCUUCUGUGCAGUGGGCGUGGCCUACGGGAGCCGCAUAGCAGGCAUCCGGGUACUGGACGGGCCGCUCACGGACAGCAUGGAGGCUGUGGCAUUCAACAAGCACUAUCAGAUCAAUGACAUCUACAGCUGCAGCUGGGGCCCUGAUGAUGACGGGAAGACAGUGGAUGGCCCCCACCAGCUUGGAAAGGCUGCCUUGCAACAUGGAGUGAUGGCCGGUCGCCAGGGCUUUGGGAGCAUCUUCGUGGUGGCCAGUGGCAAUGGGGGCCAGCACAAUGACAACUGCAACUACGAUGGCUACGCCAACUCCAUCUACACCGUCACCAUAGGUGCUGUGGAUGAGGAGGGCCGGAUGCCUUUCUAUGCAGAAGAGUGUGCCUCCAUGCUGGCGGUCACCUUCAGCGGUGGGGACAAGAUGCUCCGGAGCAUUGUGACCACCGACUGGGACCUCCAGAAGGGCACCGGCUGCACAGAGGGCCACACGGGGACCUCUGCGGCAGCACCUCUGGCAGCUGGCAUGAUCGCCCUCAUGCUGCAGGUGCGGCCGUGUCUCACAUGGCGCGAUGUCCAGCAUAUCAUUGUCUUCACAGCCACCCAGUAUGAAGAUCGCCGUGCAGACUGGCUCACCAAUGAGGCGGGCUUCAGCCACAGCCACCAGCACGGCUUCGGCCUGCUCAGUGCUUGGAGACUCGUCAAUGCAGCCAAGAUCUGGACGUCUGUCCCUUACUUAGCUUCCUACGUCAGCCCCAUGUUGAAAGAGAACAAGGCUAUUCUGCAGUCCCCCCACUCACUGGAGGUCCUGUGGAAUGUCAGCAGGGUGGACCUGGAGAUGUCGGGGCUGAAGACCCUGGAGCACGUGGCAGUGACUGUCUCCAUCGCUCACCCCCGCCGCGGCAGCCUGGAACUGAAACUCUUUUGUCCCAGUGGCAUGAUGUCCCUUAUCGGCGCCCCCCGCAGCUUGGACUCGGAUCCCAGUGGCUUCAAUGACUGGACCUUCUCCACUGUGCGGUGCUGGGGAGAAAGAGCGAAGGGCACAUACAGACUGGUCAUCAGGGACGUAGGUGAUGAACUGCCCCAGUUGGGUGUCCUCCAGCAGUGGCAGCUGACCUUGUACGGCUCCACAUGGAGUGCCGUGGACAUCAGGGAAAGACAAAGGCUGCUAGAAAGUGCCAUGAGCGGCAAAUACCUGCACGAUGGCUUUGCUCUGCCCUGCCCACCCGGACUGAAAAUUCCGGAGGAGGAUGGCUACACCAUCACCCCCAACACGCUGAAGACCCUGGUGCUGGUGGGCUGUUUUACCGUCUUCUGGACCAUUUACUACAUGCUGGAGUUGUACAUGAGCCACCGAAAUGUGGCUUCCACCCGAGGUAGUAGGAAUGGACCAUGCCACUGGCCCCCACGGAGUCGAAAACCCAGAGAGGAAGGGACAGAGCUGGAAUCAGUGCCGCUUUGCAACAGUAAGGAUCUGAACGGAGCAGAGACCGAGAAUGGGAGCCCUCCCACCACAUCUGACCUCCUCGCCCCAGACCUCCUCGGUGAAGGGGACUGGACCCUGCCCCAGAACAGCCAGAGUGCCCUGGACUGCCCUCGUCAGCACCAACCCCUAGACCUGUUGCAGGGGAAGGAGGAACAGAUCUGCUGACCUCAGGGCAUGGAAGACUUGAAGUAGGCCGGGCUCUCCCGAAGUCAGGGAAGCUGCUCCCAGCUCUGGGGCACUCUAGGGAAAAAGCAGUCCUGAUGCUUACACCUGAAACCUGAGCAUUCUCUGGCUACCCUCAGCGAGGGGAGGGCCUUCAGAAGGAAAAGCAGCAGAAGAUGGUGCCAGGGGACCGCCUGGAGAGAGGACAGGAUCCUCUUCCAACUGACUGGAUGCUUUCAAGGAGAAGCCCUUGCCAAGGGAUUGGCUCUCCUGUUGGCCGAAUGCCACGACCGUUUCUCGUGGGCAAGCCAGUGAUGACAGUUACAGGGGUUGCUAACGCUGUGGGUUGAGGGGGGUUGAGGUGGGUUGAGGCCCUGUGGUGGCCGGCGAGUGUCGUGGGAGACAGAGUCGUGGGAAGAGUCCCAGGCCGACCUGCCCUAAAGCAGUGCUUUCCCAGCCUUUUCCAGGAGUGGCACUCCCAAACGGUGCCAGCCUUGGACGUGCCCUGCCUCCUUCACCUUUGCUCCUGCCCCUCCUCCUAGAGGGUAGGUACAUGGGUCCUGGCAUAGUGAGGAGGGACACAGCUCCUUGGGGCUGAACUGCCUCCCUAGGGAAGUCUGCCACAGGAUGGAGGAGCAGGCGUGAGGUGAGUGCGGGCAGGACAAACCGAAGCAGCCCCAGCCCGCCCUGCCCUCUGGACCCCCGUCUUCCUCUGCAGAGUGCUCAGGGAAACACCCCUCCCCGGAGGCUGCCGCCUGCCUGACCACCUGGAUUUUCCUCCCCUUCUCGGCCUCCUCCCUUCAUCUGAGCUAGUGAAUUGAUUGGAAUUUUUUUUUAAUGCUUAAAAUUUGAUUUUCUCUUUUCACAGCAACAUUUUGUUAAUUUUUUUUCUGCACAGCUUUUCCAAAAUAAAGACCUUCCAAAUGAGGCUACCACUCCCUAUCCCGCCUCCUCCUGCCCCCACAGCUAACUCAAGUGGCCAGGUUGUCCCCUCUCCCCUUGAGAUUCGCUAUCCUCUCCAGGCCUGUUCUGACCUCUGGGGAGGGGGGACAGCAACCAAGAACACAUAUGAGCCCAAG